AUGAUUGGGUUUGUACUGUUAGUGUACUGUUCCGUAUUCUGGAUGAGCGGUUAUGCUCGUGACGCUUGGUAUCAAAACGUUAGUGCACUGGCAGUGGAUUAUUACCGAGCAAGACAUGCGAAAUCUGUGACAGUUUUCAGCUGCUGGGCCGUUGAAGAGCGGUACGAUUUUUUUAGCCGCACAACGAAUGCUGGAAUGAUGGUGGAUUUUAUGGAACCAACGAGUGAAGCUGUUGCCAGGUUGCAGCCCAACCGGAUGUCCCAAGGUGGGCUGUUGAUUGAUGUAUCUUCUUGUGCAACGUUAAUGUCGGAGCUGUGGCAAAUGGAUCACGAAUUGAAUAAGCUUCUGUUGGGAAAUUUACACUGGAUGAUUCUUGAAAGGAAUGUCUCUUUGGAGAGGGAAAACACUUCAGAAAGCGAAAUAGUCGAUGGAUUGCCACCGCGUCUAGAGCUACUCUACAAUGUACGAUUCCGAACGCUCGAAAUGAUGCCUUACACGAGCGUUGUUCUAGCAUUCCCGAAAGCUACCGGUAAAUGGGAAGUUUGGGAACUAUUCAAACCCUAUCGAAAGGCUGUUUUGUCGAAGGAAAAUAUUACUUCGAACUACACACCAACGGUCAACGGCCAUGAAACGCUGAGCAGACAAUUGAUGGCGCGAAGAAAUAUUGAAGUCCGGCGACGCAACCUACAAGGAUAUUCUAUGCCGUGUGGUGCUGCGAUCACAGCUCCAGAGUACUUCAAGGGAAUGGAUGAUCGGAGCGACGUGCAUGAUGUGUUCGCCAAAGUCAACUUUCCAUACAUCGAAGAGCUGAUGCACGAUCUCAACUUUACGCUCAAUAUGGUACAGGUAGACAAGGGUGGUUACAAGCACAAUGGAACCUUCAGUGGAUUGAUGGGGAAGUUUCAAAACCAUUCAGUUGAGCUGGGUUGCAUUGGUACGUUGAUGCGCACUGAGCGUCUUGAGGUGGUCGAUUUCAUGAUCGUCACGUUGAUCAUUAGGAGCAGCAUCAUCUUCCGACAGCCACCACUGUCGAUUGUGGCCAACAUCUUUGAGUUACCGUUUAGCGUCGGUGUUUGGGCGUGUUGUUUCGGGUUGAUGGCGAUCUAUUGGAUUGCUAUGCUCAUGAUCCGAUAUUUAGCCAACGGCGAACGGUUUACUCCGAUCGAGUCGUUAGUCUUCAUCUUCGGUACGAUGUGCCAGCGAGGUUUCGAAAUGAUGCCGCCACAUUUCAACGGUACGCGUUUGCUCAUGUUUUCACUGCAAUUGACCAGCUUCUUCAUCAUUACCUCCUACUCGGCCAGCAUAGUGGCGCUACUACAGAGUCCUAGCCGAGCUAUCACGAGUGUUGGUGAUUUGGUACGGUCUCCGCUAAAGGCGGGUGUUAUGGACAGUAGCUACGGCCGGGUGUACUACCAGGAGUCGCAAGACCCCGACGUACAAGACCUCUAUCGGAAGAAGAUUAAAUCACACGGCGAAAAGGGGUUCAUGGAACCGAACGAAGGAAUAGCACGCGUUCGGCAGGAAAUGUUUGCCUUCGAGGCGGAAGUGAAUGCGGCCUACAAGAUAAUAAAGGAUACGUUCGAACCGGAGGAGGUGUGCAAAUUGCAGGAACUCGAAGCCAUCAAACUAGCGCCGUUCGGUAUACCGAUCGUGAAGGGAAGCAAGUAUCGGGAGUUGAUACGCCAGCGGCUGAUGAGGCAGCGGGAGGUCGGCAUCAUCAGACGGUUCAACAUCAUUUGGAUUCAUCAGAAGCCGCAGUGUGAAAACCAAAACUCGGGUUACAGCUCGGUCGGUUUGGUGGAAAUGCGUUUUCUGUAUUUCUUUCUCGCCGUAGGGUUCCUGAUUGCGGUCAUGACGCUCGGCGGGGAACGCGCCUGGUGGCGGGAGGGGGCAAAGAAAUUGAAAUCUCGUCCCGCAAUAAUCAAACGCAAGUCCUGA